AUGGAUUUUGAAGAGUUCUGUGCCGCUGCAUUAAGCGUUCAUCAGCUAGAGGCACUUGAUUGUUGGGAACAAAAUGCUCGAUGUGCAUAUGAACUUUUCGAGAAGGAUGGAAACCGGGCAAUUUUCAUUGAAGAACUUGCUCCAGUUGAUUUCUGA